GCGGUCUCCGUGCUGGAAAUGCUGUCUCAGUCUAUCUUUCAGUCAACCUAACGACAGACUGAGAGAUGGAGCUGAGGCGGGUUUUAAACCUCCUGACAAACCGUUACACCGCGCCCACCUGUCAAUCAUGUGUGACCAGCAGAUAUGGCGGACAGUUUAAAGACACGAUUUGAUUUCCAAAGCCCCGUCAUACAAGCCCAGACGGUGAAGACUCUCGUUGCUGCUGUCCUGAAAGAGAAAGGACCACAUGGACAGAUUACACAGUCCUCCACACAGGGUCCAGCGCUGGAGGCUCUGUGGGAGCAGUGCUGCUCUGACUCUGCUCUGGUGCGUUCAGCCUGCUGUGACGCCGUGGUGCUGCUGGCGGAUCAGGGACACGCAGACCUGCAGCACGUCCUCAACAGUGUGCUCAACCUCCUGCCCUCUGCCAGAAACGUCCAGGGGCUCAUAAAGGUGAUUGGACGGCUGCUGCAGAUGCAGGCGGAUCAGAGGGACGGAGGAAAGCCCUUCACAUGUCCGUACUCCAUCAGGAACAGCCCUCACCCGUUCAUCACGGUGCUGGAGAACCGAGCGGACUGCUGGCCGGCUCUGCUGCUGGAGAUUGAUGAUUUCAUCCAGCAGGCUGCUGACAGAAAUGAAGCGGCCUACAUCGCCAUGCUGGUUCCAUUCCUGCGGUACCUCUACUGUGAACCUCAGAGGCAGCCUCAGCACGCCCUCCUCAGACACGGUCUUCUCAGGGUGCUGCUGCCCAAACACCCAGGAUCAGAGCAGGGACGGCCCUCCUCCGUGUCUGACAGCGUGCUGCUCUGCCUCUGUCAGCUGGUGCCUCACAUGCAGGUGGACAGCGUGGAGGCGGUGCUGGAGCUGUGUGGAUUCGUCGACGCUCUGCUUCAGGGUCUCGUCUCGUCCUCUGAGGAGCGCUGGAGGUCUGAGAGGGUCGUUCUUCUUCUGCAGCUUCUGUGCGCCUGCCAGCUCUGCCUCAAGCUCAACGGGGACUGCCGCCCUCUCCUCGGCUCGAUGCAUCAGCUCCUGUCCGCCUGCCGACAGGAGCUGCCAUUGGACGAGCUGCUGAUGGGCGCGGCCCUGCUCCUGUUAGAAGCUCCUGCAGCUCAGCAGAGCAGCCUGCUCAGUCUGGCUCUGAGUUUAGUCCCCGAGGAGUCUGAGCUGUCACCCUGGAUGAGUCCCGUCCUGGUCCUCCCAGUCCUUCAGCUCCUGUCCUGCUUGAGCCUCACUGAAGCUCUAGCCGACCGACGGAUUCACAAGCUCAACCAGGACCUGGCCCACAAGCUGCUGCAGAGAAUCAGCAGGGAGACGGAUAAACCUGGACAGUCUGCCCCUCCUCUGCCUCUUCCUCUGAGCUCCUGGUUCAGCGAGCUCAGCGUGGCCGUGUCUGUGCUGCGUAAACUGGCGGACGAUGAAGCCGCUGCAGCUGAUUGGCUGCUGUCCGUCAGCUCCGCCCUCUCCUUGUCGUCCAGCCAGCAGCGCCUCUCGUCCCUCACCCUGAUGGUGACGCACGCCAUACUCACGGGUCAGGAGGACGUCUGCCAGCUGGCUCUGAACGCCGGCCAGGCCAUCGCUGCAGCCGACCCCUGCCAGGUUCCCUCCCUUCUUCCUGUCCUGAUGUUCAAACUGGGGAGAGAGAAGAAUCCAAACGUGUCUCACGCUGUGCUGAACUGUCUGCCCAACCUCGGGACUCACAAGCUCUGUGUCCCCAUGCUGCUGCAGACCCUCCACACGCUGGCCAGCGCCCCCAAGCUGAGAGCAGUGGCGAUGCGCCUCAUGACUGCCUUGUGGAAGAAACAGGACCGAGUGUACCCGGAGCUGCAGCGUCUGCUGGGCCAGCAGGACAGCAGGGUGGUGGUGGGGAGGGACGCUCAGUGGGAGCAGAUCCUGGCCAGAGCUGCCUCCGUCAGAGACGUCUGCAGAGAGAGGCCUUACCAGCACGGAGGAGACAUGUUGGCUGCUAUUAAACUCACUCUGAAUCAGUGCACCCCAUCGGACACGGCAACUCCGGCUGCUCUCGCCCUGCAGGGACUACAGGAGCUGUGCAGAGCCGAGGUGGUGGACAUCGUCUCCACCUGGAGGAGUCUGGGUCCUGAGCUGAGCUGUGACUCUCGUCCUCUGAUGGUCAAAGCCACAGCGGAGCUCCUGGCUCUGGUUCCACAACUUGCUGUCAAGUCAGAGCAGUACGAGAAACUAAAAGAGGAGGUGGUCAGCUUUCUCUGGAAUUACGCCGUGAGCAAGGAUCCAGAGGUGGCCAGCUGUGGGUUCAGAGCUUUGGCUGGUUUUCCUGAAGACGUCCACACGAUCAACCUCCUUCCUGAGGCAGCCAGACCGGCCAUCAAACUCCCUGAAAAUGACGACGACGAACAAGCAAAGGAGAAAAAAGAAGAAGAAGAAGAAGAGAAGGACCUCUCUGUACCAGGUUCAUCGUACGUGAAGCUCAUGGCUCUGACUCCUGUACCUGUCCUACCAGCCUUCCAGCUCUUCCUCACCUCGCUGGUGAAGCAGGAGAUGAGCCAGAUGCCUCGGGGGGUCUACUUCUCGGCCCUGAGGGGGGGCAACCUGCGCUCGGAUCAGGGGAAAACGGUGGCAGGGAUCCCGUCGUUCAUGCUGAAAACCUACGAGAAGAACAAGCAGCCGGGGCUCAAACCUGGACUAGCAGCCGGCCUGCUGCUGUGUUACGAGCUCCCCGUGCAGACGGAUCGUGAAGGAAGACCAAUCGAUCGUUUCCUCGUCAGCCGCAGCCGCAGUUACCAGCAGAACUUAUCCUCUCUGAUUCAUGAGGUGAACAUCCAGCCGUCUGAGUGGCACCGUGCUCUCCUCCUGCCUCAGGCCUGGAGAGGAUUCAUGAGCCGAGCUUUCCACGCCGCCCUGCAGGGUCGUCGUGCAGAUCUGGAGUUGCAGCAGAAACAGGGCAAAGAGGAUCCUCAGGAGCUGCAGUACAAACAGCACUGUGCCUGGCUGUGGGCCAGAGAUCAGCUGACAGACGUCAUCAAAGCCGCUACAAAAGACAGCCCUGUUGUUCAGGGGAACUCCAUCCUGGCUCUGAGCGGCCUGGCUGCCGUCCUGGCUAAAUAUGAGAGCAACCUGCCAGCUGAAGGAGACGGCGGCCUCGGGGCUGGUCCAGAGUUUGUCCCCACGUCCAGCUGGUUGUCGAUGGUCCUCAACACGCUGCUCAGCAUCGGCAGCAGCAGCUACAAGCCCUCAGGACAGGUGUUCCCGUGGUUCCUACACCGCUCAUACUCGGGUGAGAACACGGCGAGUGCCAUCGCUCGCUCCUGUGCCAGCCUGGCGUUGUCCCUGCUCGUCCCGGUUCUGGUGGUGUGGCAGAGGGACGGUCUGGUCCAGGUCCUGUCAGCGCUGCAGGCCGGUCUGCCGGGUUCUCCGAGCACUGACGACUCCCAGGCCGUCCAGUUCCACUCGGGCCUCGCUCUCGGCAUGGUGCUGUCCAGUCUGCACCACCAGCGCCUCAGCGAUGUCGCCGUUCAGAAGGACGCUGAUCUCCUCCUCGGCUCUCUGGAGGCUUUGGAAAGUUGCUCCUUCAACCCAAACCUGGAGUACAAUACCGGCUGCGUGUUGGGUCUGGCUCUGGUGCUCUCGGCUCUCUGCAGCAGCGGACAGACGGACCAACACGUCCAGGUCACCCGAACACUCCACAAACUCCUGAGCAGCCUGCAGGAGAGCAGCGGGCAGGGACGCAUGCAGCAGGAGGUCUUGGCGUACUCUGUGGCGUGUGUGGCCGUCUCGGCCUUCAGUGGAGGUAUCAUUGACGCCGCAAAGGCCGAGGAGGUCAUGAGCAGCCUGCGCACCCUGACUGAGGAGAGCCAGCAGACUCCAGGCUUCUCUCUGGCGCUGGGUCUGGUGGUCCACGGCCUCUCACUGUCCGGUCACGGUAAAGCUGAAGACAUCCAUCCUCGUCUGCUCGCUGCCUGGAUCAAGAUCUUACUGGCUGAGGGUUGUCCCACGAUGCAGCGUCUGGCUGCCGUGAACGGUCUGGUGGCUUUAGUCGGAUCAGAGAGUUACCUCAUCCAGCUGUCGAGUGAGCUGGAGCUUUCCUCUCAGCAGCAGAGCCGACUCAACGAGGUGAUACGAGCCAUCACACAGAUCAUAACGUUCUCAGGAGCCAUCGGCCUGCAGUCUAACAGCGCCUGUUUGGUGGCUCAUUUACAUUUGGCCCACAUGUCGACCAGUCACACUCACACAGCAGUUCCUCAGGAUUUCAGUUACCUCUCGGAGAAGAGCGCCAUUAGAUCCAUCGUUGACUUCCUCACAGAGGCAGGAAAAAAAGGUCCAGAGUUCUCUCAUCCUGCUCUCGUUAAAACGGCUCUGACUCCUCUGGCAUCAGUCGGAUCCAGCUUCCAGUUCCCGCCGAUCAACUGGAGCGCCGUCCUGUCUCCGCUGAUGAGACUCGGCUUCGGAGAGGACGUUCAGCAUCAGAGUUUGGUUCUGGCAGCGAGUCAGGCUCAGACGUCUCAGAGUGCGUCUCUGUUUCUGGGCUCCUGGCUGUCUCCGCCCCUCGUGCACAGCCUCAGUUUCCAGACUCGAUCUCACCUGUACGAGUGUCUGGGUCUGUGGAUGAAGCACGUCGCUGAGGACAAGCUGCAGGUCUACCUGGAGAGUCUGGGUCUGCAGCAGUUCCAGGACGACCUCCGACCUCAGCGUGUGUCCCUCUGUCGCUCCGUGGUGCAGGGUCUGUCUCAGGCCAUGGCCCUCCCAAACCCCCCCAACAGCUGCUGGACCAUCCUGAGCUCCACCACCGAGAAGAUCUUCUCCGUCCUGCCGAACCACAUCCAGGACGAUGAGGUGGAUCUGUACGUGGGAAUCUCUAAAUGUCUGUCUGAGAUGUCUGAUACAGAGAUCGACCGGAUCGCUCGAGUCACAGAGACUCAGAUGGAGAAGACGUGUUUCGUCCUCUGCUACUUGACCUCCCAGGGCAGAGUCCCCCUCCUCAGUCUCAAUGACAUCAUCGCCGGCGUGCUUCGAGGUUGGCCGAGCAGCAGAGUCGGCUGGCUCCUCCUGCAGACGUUUUACCAGUGUCGCCUGGCAACCAACGCCAACACAGGCGUUCUUAAACGGAUGGAGUGGCUGCUGGAGCUGAUGGGACACAUCAGAAACGUCGCCUACGGAGCGACCUCCGUCACAUGUGGAGAUACCAAACUGGCCUCAGACUUUCUGUUUCAUCUCUUUUCUGCUGCUGUCGUUUCCUGGGGCGACCACUUCAUGCCCCUCCUCCUCGGCAUCAGGGACAGGUGGUUCCCGUGGCAACAAGGAUCCAAGCCCCAAACUCUGCAGCACAGUCUGUACGGCGGGGAGUCGUUCACCGAGCUCGCCCUGCCCCAGUGCAUGCUGGGAGUGUCCCACAGUCUGCCUGUGCUGCUGGACAAAGAGCCGUGGAGCGGACAGACGCACAAAUUCAUAGACUGGCUCCUCAGCAUCACAGAAGGUCCCGAGCUGAGUCUGUCGCCAUCGACCAUCGACACCGCCAAAGCCGCUCUGUUGGCCCUGAAGUCCUCCGACGAGUUCAAGAAGAAAGCCGUGUGGACCAGAGCGUACGGAUGGUAGCGCCCGGGGAAUUUUAAGAAAACAGACUUGUUACCGUGGAAACGCAUACACAGGAUCUUCAGGAGAACACGGUGGGAGCUUGAACACACUCAGACAGCAUCUUUGACCCGGCCGCAGAGAUGACUUCACACGGCUGCGAUCGCUGCUGCCUCACAGACUGAAUGCAAAGAUGCACGAGGAACGUUUCCUACACACCCAUUAAAAGUUCAUCAUUAAACGGUGUUGUCGGCUUGUUGUUUCAGGACCUUCUCUAAAACGUUAGACGCACGUCUGGACGUCAGACUCUCAGAUUGUGAUCGAUGAAGAUUCUGUUGUCCUUUAAGUGAAACUUCAGAGGAAGGUCCUGGGAAACCGAGACGUCCAAACGUUCAGGCUUAUGUCCCCAGGUGUCAUUUCUUCUUCGUCUUGUUCCAUUUGUGCAGGUGGUGUUGUCUCUCCUUCAGCAGCUGCCACACUGUCACAGACGCUCCUGAAAACACAACACCGUUGUUAGAAAGGAAGGCGCAAAGGUCGGUAGAUGUUCAUCAAAAAACAUGUCGCUGUAAGGGCAGUACUGGUGUUAAAGUUUAAAGUUAGGUGGAGACCUCUAGUGGCCGUUUGAAAGACUUCAGGUUUAAGACAUGUCUGCAUCGGCGUCACAAAGAUACACCUUUUAUCAGAGUAGUGGUUAAGUCAUCUCACCCAGAGCGAGGACAGACAGGUAGACCAUGAGGACGAGGGGCAGGCGAAGAUGUGACGACACCGUCGAGUUUAAAGAGGAACACUGUGGAGCUUCAGGCUCGAUGUGCAGGGCCUGGUAUACCGUCACACCUGAGGAAGAAGAACAAAGAUACUGAAUUCUGUCUUUACAUCAUUGAUAAGACCUUAAAAUCUAUUUUUAAAGGUCACAGAUUAUUAAACUUUUAAACCAUUCAAAGAGCUCCACAAAACAUUGUAGAGAGCUGUCUCCCCCCCCCCCCCCCCCCCCUCCUCUCUGGAGUCGAUGCUCUCACAGGUCACCAUGUGGUGAACACUGAAGCUUCAGUGUUUAUCCAGCUCUGCAUGGGUCUGUAAACCUUUCUGUGUUCUAACCUCUCUCCAUUUUUUAAAAGCAUCUCCAAUAUUGAUCCUAGUUUGAGCACGUUUCUGCUCGUGGAGCUUAUUAGAAACAUGCAGAGGCUUUUUAGGUCGAGUACAAUCACUUCUAUCUGAACCACUUCUCUUGACCGCUUCCAUCGCUGCAACACCUGUUGACCUGAUAACUGCUCUCAUAUCUGACAAACUGAGGGGCGUCCAAAACGACCAUGUGGGGGGUGCCUUAAAACCGCCUACCUUCUCUGGUCCAAACAAAUCCAGAUCAUUCAGGACCAGAAUCUAAAGUUAGAAGGAGGACAUACUGGCUGCUGCAUUGUUGUCAGAGAAGCCAGCACUUCAACAUGUUUCCUUAAUGUCUGACGCUACAUGAAUCCCUUUGCAGAUAUAAAUGAGUUUGAUUUAACGACAA